AUGCUUUCGACUGAUAAAAAUCAAUUCAGAUAUGCCACGUGUGAAUGUGCCGAUUGCCGAAUGGUCGAAGAGCGUCGUCGUUUGAACAAUAUGCUCAGUCGACGACGCUUCGAGACNGAUCCGAAGUGUGCUCUGUGCUCGGCUCACGGUGAGAAACAACCAUUACGUGGUCACAAGAAGGCGCAAUGUCCUUUCCUGAAGUGUGGAUGUCAUUUGUGUGGAUUAGUUGAGAAUCGUCGAACUCUAAUGGCACGACAGAUCAAAUUGAGACGAGAUCAGCAAAAGCAGCGUAAAGCUCAAUUGCUCGUCAAUACAACCUCAGCAAAUUUUCAGUCACAAAUAUCACCGAUCAAUAUGAAUGAAGCGGCUAAAGAAGAUGUUGGUAUGACAACGUUGGUCUCACCGGAAAAAGAGAAGCUAUCCGAACCGUUACGUGUACCUCCGCUUAUGCCAGUACCGGUCAAACCGGACUGCACUGCACCUUUCACGCCGUUACUUUUGCAACAUUCGCCUGUCCUGGCUGCAUCUUCGUCAAUGUAA